AUGCAUUUGAUAAAAGAAGAUGGAGCUCGGAAAGAUGUUUUGAACGGAUGUUGUCAGUUUGAUGAAGCUUGGCCUAAGUUUGUGAAUGUUCAUGAAAAUUAUUUACAGUUGUUGAGAGUAUAUUAUGGUGGGGACGCUUGUCUGUUAGAUAAGGCUGUAAAAAGUUAUGAUGAACAAAUGGAGCGAAAACUUAAUCUUGAUCUUUCUGUGAAUUUAUGGCUGGAAAGAGUGAAUCAGGGCGAGUAGCAAUUGACGGCAAUCGGGGUGUAGUUUCAGAGAAAGCAAGCAAAGAUGGGCAUAGUUUGCUUUCUUAAUCAAGUUCGAGAUUAUCCUCAGUGUCUCAAAAGAGAGAGAAACUAGCUUUAGCUCAGCUAAACCUUCAUAGACUUAAACUUAAGCAAUUAUUGGAUGAAGAAGAACGAGCUAUUAGAGCAAAAAAGGAAUUAUUAGAGGCCGAAAUGGAGGCAGAAAAGGCCGCUGUAUCACUUAAAAUUUAUGAGGAUGACUUGAAUGAA